ACAGUCCACAAACAGCGCGCCUCAGAAAAACGUGUCUGGACAACAAAACCCACCCAUGAGGAAAACAGCUGGUAUCAGCUACAGUGAUAUGGCCAAAAGCGUGAAGGUCGGGAUAAUACCCAAAGACUUUCCCACCGUCCAACUCACUACAGCCCAGCUAGACCUUCUACAAGAAGCACUCCUGCUCAGAGUAGUUCAACAACGAAACGAGCCAAUGAAACCCAAAUUCAACAACCUCAUCUACAAGUCCGGUUACAUGGAUCUAAUCUGUAAGGAUCAAGAGACUGCUGAGUGGUUAAAGAGAAUAUCCCCAUCCAUGAAACCCUGGGAAGGUGCAGAGCUGAUGGCAAUGGACGAAGUGGCGAUUCCACGUCCAGAGAUGAUCCGAGCAUUCUUCCCACAAAGCUCCAGCUAUGACGACGACCGAAUAAAGGCUCUCAUAGAAAGCCAAAAUGACAUCACAACAACUAAUUGGCGUAUUGUGAAACGAUCCAUUCUGAAAGACAUUCAUGUCGAAUGGAUCUUCACAGUAGAGGGUGCGUCGAUGGAAAAGUUGAAGAAGUCCAAAUACACCCUCAACUACCGAUUUGGUGAAAUCCAACUAAGGAAGAUUACAGAUCAACCGACUGCCGAUACCGCCAAUCCGACUGGAAGGCCGACCCAAGAGCAAUCUGAGGAGGCCUCCUGUUCGGGCAAGGUUAGUAAAUCUCACCCCAAAAGCACCAUAAAGGCUAGUCAGUCCGCCUCUAAAGGAAAAGCUCGAAGCUUACAUGCGACUCCCUGCUCUAGUGGUACCAAACCAAAGGUAUCUAAACAGGGCAAAGGGAGUGCAAAAAGCGACAGUUUGACCACAGAGGCGAAACUGGCGGGCCAGGUCGCUACAGGGAAGAGAAACAACUCAAACUGUAACACCAAACGACACCCUGAUGAUCCGCAACAUCCAAAGCCGGAUAGUCGUCGUCCGGAAAAAAGCGGUAACCCCGGAAAUGGCGACUAAAGUUCUGCAAGUGAACCUCCACCAUGCUGAGAGCGCCACGGGUGUGCUCUGUCGGAGGUUCACCAAAGAGAAUCUAACCGUGGCCCUCAUUCAAGAGCCAUGGGUCAAUAAAUCCAGAAUACAAGGUAUUCCACAACACUCAUGUAAGUUGGUAUAUGAUGACAGCCAGCUUUCUCCUAGAGCGGCUAUUUUAUUACAUAACAACUGUAAAUACUUUCCAAUUUCAGAAUUCAUAAAAAGGGACAUCGUAGCUGUCAGGAUGGAGGUACCUUCCGCUAGAGGGAGUAGAGAGAUCUUGAUGGUCUCGGCAUACUUCCCAGGUGACGUGGACGAAAUCCCUCCUCCAGAAAUAGCUGCGCUCGUAGCCUACAGCCACCGACACAACAUCCCCUUCGUCAUAGGGUGUGACGCAAAUGCACAUCACACCGUAUGGGGAAGUACAAAUAUAAACACCAGAGGUGAGUACCUGUUACAGUUUCUCUCUUCCAAGAACAUUGACAUUUGUAAUGUUGGUGACAAGCCCACGUUUGAAAACCUCAUUCGUCAGGAAGUUUUGGACUUGACUCUAUGUAGUCGGUCUAUCUCUGAUAAAAUAAAAAACUGGCAUGUUUCUGAAGAAAUAUCAAUGUCAGACCACAAACACAUCAUCUUCGAAUGGGAAGGGGGUCUAACGAUAGAAAAAACGUUUAAAGAUCCUAAGAAAACUGAUUGGGAAUCCUACUCAGCUAUCCUACAAUCUGAAGAGUACAUCAUAGAAAGUCACAUCAAGUCCAUUACACAAUUGGAAGAUGCGUCCAAAUCCAUUAAAAACAAAAUCCUUAAUGCCUACCAAGAGAGCUGUCCAACUAAAUCAAUUAGUUCGAGCAGAGACGUUCCAUGGUGGAAUAAAACUCUUGAGAAGCUUAGGAAAACUGCGCGUAGGGAAUUCAAUCGUGCCAAGCGAACCGGCGAUUGGAGCCUAUACAGAAAGGCCCUGACGAACUACAACAAAGAAAUAAGGUCAGCCAAACGGAAAUCGUGGAUUCUAAUGUGUGAAAGCAUAGAGAAUACACCCGUAGUGGCCAGACUCCAAAAAACUCUUUCAAAAGACCACUCCAAUGGUGUGGGUAGCCUCCGAAAGACGGAUGGUUCGCUCACUGUAGAGCCUAGCGAUACACUGAGCGAAUUGUUAAAGAUCCACUUCCCUGAUUCAAUCCCUGAGUCGAGCAUCGGCGACCAAGACACUGGAAUUGCUGUCUCAGAUCCACAAGAGAUCCAAUCAUGGGUUUCUGGAUCUAAAAAAGACGCAAUAAAGGUUGCAAAGGAAGCUUUCACUCGGGCCAGGGUUGAGAGGGCUGUGAGAUCUUUCGAGCCAUUUAAGUCUCCUGGCAUGGAUGGAAUAUUCCCAGCGUUGAUCCAAAAAGAGGAGAAAACACUGGUUCCACCCUUGGUUGAGAUUUUUAGGGCGAGUCUGAUUUUGGGGCAUAUACCCAACGAUUGGCGUCAAAUCCGGGCUGUCUUCAUUCCGAAGGCAGGAAAGAGGGAUAAAACCAACCCCAAAGCAUUCAGGCCGAUAAGUUUAUCCUCUGUAAUGCUCAAAAUUAUGGAAAAGGUACUAUGCGAGUACAUAAAUCACAAAUUUAUGAAAGCAAUGCCUUUGUCAAAAAACCAAUUCGCUUAUCAAAGUGGAAAAUCUACGAUCUCGGCACUACAUACGGUAGUUCAAAAGAUCGAAAAAACACUCAAUGCAAAAGAAAUUGCUCUUGUAGCAUUUCUUGAUAUUGAGGGCGCAUUCGAUAACGCUUCUUAUUCGUCUAUAGGGUCAGCAAUGUUGAGGAGAAAAUUCGACCCAUGCAUUGUUACCUGGGUACAUGCUAUGCUAGCUAAUCGAAAAAUCUCCUCUGAGCUUAGCGGUUCAUACAUUACUGUUAAAGCAACAAGGGGAUGUCCGCAAGGCGGAGUGCUUUCUCCUUUGUUGUGGUCACUGGUGGUGGAUGAGCUUCUAGACAGCUUAGAGAGAAGAGGCUUCGAAGUGGUUGGAUAUGCUGAUGACGUUGUCAUUAUUGUACGAGGCAAAUUCGAAAGUGUUAUCGUGGAAAGAAUGCAAUCUGCCCUAAAUCACACAUUUUCCUGGUGUCAUGAGGAACAACUAGGCAUAAAUCCUACAAAAACUUCCAUUAUCCCUUUCACCAAACGGAGGAAGGUCCAACUGAAACCCCUUUUCUUGAAUCAUACACAACUAGUUUAUUCAAGCGAAGUAAAAUAUCUAGGUGUCAUACUCGACGCAAAACUGAAUUGGAACUCUCAUCUCCAAUCAGUUUUGCAGAAAGGUCUCAAUACACUUUGGGUUUGUUCAAAAACCCUGGGUAAAAGAUGGGGCCUAAAACCAAGUAUGAUCAUGUGGAUAUAUAAAACCAUUGUUCGUCCCAGGACUACUUACGCUUCCCUUGUCUGGUGGCCUAAAACUAAUGAGGCUGCUGCAAGGGUGAAGCUCAACAAAAUCCAACGCACCGCUUGCAUAGCGAUCACUGGUGCAGUUCGUAGUACACCCACUUUGGCCCUAGACGCAAUGCUUCACCUGCCCCGGUUAGAUCAAUUCAUAAAGCUGGAAGCGGAAAAAAGUGCUCUAAGGUUAAAGAGAACAAAAACGCUGCUGUCGGGAGACCUUACGGGUCACCUCAGCAUAUUAAAUGAAUUUGCCAUAAAUCCCGCAAUAGGAAUUUGUUGUGACUGGAUGGAAACGGUAGUCAAUUAUGACUUACCUUACGAUGUGCUCAUUCCUUCCCGCCAGGAGUGGGAAGGAGGUGGACCCAGCGUUCCAACAGGCUCUAAAAAUUUCUUCACAGAUGGUUCGAAAAUGAAUAAUCUGACAGGCUCCGGAAUCUAUGGCCCUAGAACAAAAAUCUCUGUCCACUUAGGACAGUGGCCCACAGUAUUUCAGGCGGAAAUAUAUGCAAUAUUAGAAUGCGUGUUAUUAUGCCUGAGGAGAAAGUAUAGGUUUGCAAAAAUAUGUAUUUUCUCUGACAGCCAAGCGGCACUUAAGUCGCUUAAUAACUACAUUUGUAACUCAAAGCUAGUGUGGGAAUGCAUUCUGGCUUUGAAAAACUUAUCCAUACGCAAUCGAGUCUACCUAUAUUGGAUCCCAGGACAUACGGGUCUAGAGGGAAACGAGAUUGCUGAUGAGCUAGCCAGAAAUGGAUCUAAUGAAAGGUUCAUUGGCCCUGAGCCCUUCUGCGGGAUCUCAGACUGCUCUGUAAAAAUGGAACUGAACAAAUAUAUGGUCAGUCAAAUCACAUCAAACUGGAAUGCACUUCCCCAUACGAGCCAAUCUAAAAGGCUCGUAACGAUAAACCCCAAGAAAACCCAACAACUAUUAGGUCUCAACAAAAGGGAUCUCAACAUCUACACCGGUCUAAUAACUGGACACUGCCCCUGCAGAUACCAUCUACAAAAGAUCGGAGCAAUCCAAACCUCAAAUUGCCGCUUCUGUGAUGAGGAGAUGGAAACAUCAGAACACAUCCUCUGCUAUUGCAGAGCACUCACUCAACGUAGGUUCAAAGUUCUCAUCAAGCCCUUUUUAGGGCCUGCUGACAUAUGGAUCUUACCUCCCAAGGACGUGGUUGGCUUCAUAAAGCUAGUCUCGCCAGAAUGGGGGAGUCACAUACUGUAACUCAGGAUCUCUAUUCAUCAAUAAUAGAUGGUCUUGAGUUCAGUCGAUACCAAGGUAUCUCAGUGACAAAUAUGUUACUGAGAUAACUUGCGUACCUCACAGCAAAAGGGUAUAUCACAAUAGUUCUAAAAUCUGGACGCAGUGAUCUUCACCCGACAAACGAGAGAGAGAGAGAGAG